CUUCCCUUUUUGAAAAACCAAAACUAUAAUAACAAUAUGACUGAAUAUCAUCAAAAGACAAAGAUUGCUAUGAUCUUAUGUUCCUGUUUCUUUGCCUUUGGUUCAUACUGGUCAGAUUGGGCCUUUGACUAUUACUUAUUAUGGGCCAAUCCUGCUGAACACCCUACUGCUGUUUCUCGUGCUGCUCUCUAUUAUACUACUCAAUCAGAAGUACCUAAUAUUUUGAAAUAUAUUCCUUUGGUGAACUUGUUGAUAGCUGCUGCUGGAUUCUCGGCUGGUUUAGCGAAUAUGACCGAUGGAAAUAUGCUUUUUGAUGGUGCGUCUAUUGUAUUGCUCUUAUUUGGAAUAUCCACUUAUGCCUCCUCUGUUAAACCAGCUCUAGUUGUGAUUACUGAAUCCAAGGAUGAUGCAGAAGUAUUAGCAUCUUUGAAGAAUAUUGCUGCUGCUCAUUUUAUCAUCGUUUUGGCUGUUACUGGCAUCGUUGGACUUCAACUUGCUCAUCUUUUUGUUAUGAAAAAGACCGAAAAGAGUGAACGCUUGGAAAAGGCUCAAGAACCUGUGGAUGCAUCUGCCUCUAACAAAAAGAAGGAUUGAAGAAUGAUUAGGCAUGAUUACUUUUAAUACUUCUUUUUUUUCGUUUUUGUAUUUUAUGGUGAUUUUGAAAAAAUAAAAAGAUUAUCGGUAUCUCAAUUUUUUUUUCUUUUUC